CUCCUCUUGCCUCCUCGCCCGCCAGCCAGCCAGCCAACCAGCCCGCCAACCAGCCCAGCCCGCGCCUUCCCUCACGUUUCCCUCACACCACCUGUUUCCCAUACCACACUCCCACCCGUGACAGCUAGAGUGACACACCUCCACUUACAUUACAUACAAAAUCAAAUCUUGACACUUAUUUUUACACCUAUACACGCAUCUCAAGCAGUCCGCGGAUACUACUACUAUUUCCACUACUACUACGCUUACUAUUUAGUCAUGAAAUCUGCACUUGAUGAUAAGGAAAAUGCUACUUUUUUGUUCCGCCAACUUACCGGGAAUGUCUUGGAAAACACGUGAAGCUGAGAGGAAGGAGCUGUGGCAGUGAUGAAGCGGGGGGCGGCAGGUGCGGCGUUUGGCAAGACUCUGUGCCACGCGACUUCUGCUGGCACUCGUCGCCGCUCACGAUGCACGGAAUAAGCAAGGAAUUCGUGGAUAAGAGUGAUCCGAAAAAGUAGAUUAAAAAACUAGGUUAGAUAGUGUUGGAUAUUAACAAAAAUACAUAAUUCCUGAAAGUAAGAGACUGUGAAAGAGAGAUACAGUACAGUCGUGAGAAACCAAACUAAAGUGAUCGAAACAAGAAUAUAUAAACAUGUAAAAAAACUGUCGUACUUUCUCCUUUCUCUCAAAAAAAAAAAAAAGCAAUACCUUAAGUGAAAGAAAACGAGAGAUAAAUCAACAGCGUGAGAAAUACAACAAUAGAAAUAUGUAAAACUAAAAACUCUGCUCUUUCCUCUUAACCCUUCCGUUUCUUACUCACCUCACGUGCUCCAGGCCUGUUGCAAGUGUGAAGAAAACGAGGUGAAGAUCGGUAAGGCCCAUGCACGAGGUUCUGCUUAACGGACCACGACAAACUUCUUAAAGCCUGCCUCUCCUCCCCCGUCACCUAGCCUGCCUACCUGCCUGCCGCCGCGCACCCUGACAGAGAGGUGAAGCUGAUGAACAAGAUGACACAAGACGGCGUGGCGGCAGCUGUGGCGGCGGUACACUCCCCCAUCAGCACGCCACCAGCAGCAGGCCCCUCCCCCGCCAUGGCUUCCCUCCCCACAGACCUGCCCGGGGCCUGCAAUGUGACCUACUCUGAUAAGUUCGAUUCCCGCCUGGUGUGGUACGAGGACCAUAUCGUGGGGGGCUUUCUCAUCCUGGUUGGAAUAACGUCACUGUUAGGGAAUGGGACCACUAUAGUUAUGUUCUACCGAAAGCUACGCCACCUGACUGCCGCUGAGGUGCUGCUGCUCAAUAUGGCUGUGAUGCACCUCUGCCUUGCCAUCUUCAGCUACCCGUGCCCGACCAUCUCCAGCUUCGCCCACCGCUGGCUCUUCGGCAACGUAGGGUGCCAAAUAUACGGAUUCGUCUGCUACACACUGGGCAUUGCAACCAUCGUGUCCAUGGUGGCCUUGGCGGUGGUCCGGUAUCUGAAGACUUGCACUCACACCUACAGCAGAAGACUCACGGCGCAGCAUAUGAAGGUGGUGCUGCUGGCGGUGUAUUUCUAUUCCCUCUUCUGGUCCAUCUUGCCCUUCCUCUCCCUGGGCAAGGCUUACGAGGUGGAGCCCUUUGGGACGUCCUGCACCCUACACUGGGCCUCCGACGAGAAGGCCACGCAGGUUUACAUCCUAGUAGUGGUGGUAAUGGUGGUGGUGGCGCCCUUCAUGGUGAUGUUCUGGUGCUACCUGGAGAUCCUGCUAAUGGUGAGACGCAACCAUCGCAAGAAGAUGUACAUGGCUAAGAGAUCCGGGAACUCUCAGGGGCGCACCGAGCUUCAGCUAACCCUGGUGUCAGCUCUCGUGUGCCUGGGCUAUCUGGUGGCGUGGCUCCCUUACACCGUGGUCUCGGUCUCCUACGCCUUACUGAAACGGGAGGCGCCAGUCUACUUUGCCCUGGCUCCCGUCCUCCUCGCCAAGUCAUCCUGCGCCUACAAUCCUAUAGUGUACGUCUUCGUCAACGCCAGAUACAGACAACAGAUGAGAGAAAUUCUGUGCGAGACCCUGCAGACCCUCUUGUGUUGGCGCACCUCCCCUCAGGUCAACACAGAGGCUCAGGCGGCAGGUAAGUCAAACACCUCACAAGACAUCAACUCAUCGCGCACUCUCGGCAUGAACCAAGAGUCAAUGCUCAUGGAGGAGGUGCAGCCGCUCACCAACACUGCAGCUGCCUCCAUCAAGUCCCUCAACUCCACGCAGGCCACCACACCUUGCCACCUCCCACCAGAACCCUCCCCCUCCUCACAGAAGAGCUUGGAGGAGGAGCAGCAGGAGGCACAACAGGAGACGCAGAAGGAGGAGCGGAAGGAGGAAACGGAAGAGGCAGUGUUAUCCCAAGGGAUGCCUACUCCAGAACAGGAUGCACCUACACCCCAUGAGAAGUCCCCAACGUUAAGUUCCAAUGUCUUUCAUUCUCUGUACGGCUUUCAGGAGGGCGGCGAGAGGUGCAGGGAGUGUGAAGAGGCGUCCUGUAAUCAUUAUCAGCAACAAUCGAAGGAGGGACGAAAGGAGCAGCCAACCAGUGCUUCUGUUCACAGCGAGCGAAAGGACUAAAGGCUUGGAGAUUGGAGACACCAGUGAAAGGCUUCAACUGUUGUCUCUUCCCCGCAGCCUCCGAUGAGAGAGCGGUUUUUAUCCCUUCCUACUCAUGCCCACUCAUGUUCGCUGGGGACUCAAUGAAAGGCGGGGAAAAGUGACAACAAUAAUUAUGGGUCGCAUUUCUGGAAGUCCUGUCAGUGUUGGUCCAAGAGCCUUCCGAGGGGUUUCUAUCCCUUCCCACUCAUGUAAUAUCGCUGUACGCUCGCUGGGGACUCAAUAAAAGGCAGGAAAAAGUGAGCAAUGACUAGAAUAUUUGUGGGUCGUAUUUCUGGUAGUCAUGUAGCGGUGUUUGUUCAAGAGCCCAAGAUUCGGUCAAAUACUUCCUACUGAUGCAUCCAAAGCGUGCCAGAACACCAAGAACUUAGCGCUAAGGACACCAGAGAUUCAUCAACGCCCGGCAGUUCUUCACCUUGAGAUGACUUGUGAGGUGAAGACAACGCUAAAUGACGUCCCCAGCCUACCAUUCUUGACGCUCCACAAUGACGCUCUUGCUUGACGUUCCAGUGACGCUUUUUGGUGACGUUUAUUUUUGUUGAUGUUCCUUGCUGACACUGUCGCUGCUUCGUUUCCCGUCACAUGCACCACGCUACGAUGUCCCGUUUACUAAGAUUUCUCUGCGGCACACCUAGCUCUGUCUCCAAAAGGCUACACUUACAGUUGUAUGAGUUCUUAACACCUUCAGUACC